GUCGGCGUCGUGUCCAUGUGAGGAUGUGACUUUUUAAUCGCGGACACGAGGUUGAGAACCCAGACAACAAAGAAGCGAAGGGCCGCGCGCGCGCGCGCACUGCCGCAAGACUACGGAAAACAGAACGCGUUUGGCAGUGGAGGCAGUGGUGUAGGAGACUAUAGGCGACCGUCUGUAGGCCACUUUGGUGCGACAUUUAUCCGCGUUUCAAAAAAUUGUGAGGCGAGUUGAAAAAUCAUCAGGCUCUGCCAAGUGCCAUUGACAGUUCGGUUCAAGUGACACUCCGCGUUAUUGAAACUACCCGAAAGAGGGACACACGUUUAAACACUUUUCGUUUCUCAGCUGCUUCAUCGCGUGUGCCACCAGUUGCAUGUUGCAUAACCCUAGAUUCGCGAGAAAUUGUCACCAUUUUCGGCUCACCUGUGGAUCAAGGGUGAAGAUUCUGAAGAUACAAUCCACAUUUAUCGAUUGUGCUUCCCUGGUUUGACUGAUUGGCUGUCCUUCACCGAAGCCGCGUGAUAAACAGGAAGGAUCAAAAGUCAAAAUACCCAAAAGGAACUGAUAAGGAGAAUGGCGGCUGGAACGUGUGAUUUUUGUUGAACAUUUGUAAAAGAACAACUUGAGAAUGGUUCUUGUGGUGAAUGGGGUUCUGCAAGAAGAACCCCCGGCGGACAGCAGGUCGUUAUAUGCGGCCCACCCAGUGUAUCGUGAGACCGCAGCCCAGCUCCACUCGAUGCCGGCAAAAUUAGUGGGCCCUGUGGGCCUUCUUUACGUCCAGCAAAGAGAAAUGGCUGCAACCCUCCCCCACGACAAAAAUGUGAGCAUCCUUGGGUCGGAUGAUAUGACUACGUGUAUAAUCGUCGUCGUCAGGCAUUCCGGAUCUGGUGCUGUAGCCCUUGCACAUCUGGACGGAGCUGGAACGGAAGAUGCUGCAGCGUCGAUGAUCCAGAGGGUAACAGAAUUAGCCCUCGGAUAUCCGGAAGGACGUCUGGAACUUCAACUCGUCGGUGGCUACUCAGACCCUAGAAAUUACUCCGAAGGACUCUUUUAUAAUAUUAUGUCUGCUUUUCAUAAGCAACCCGUUGAAAUUGACCUGACACUUUGCUGUGUGGGCGAACUCAACACAACUGUGAGAGGUGGUAUCCAAUGGCCAGUAAUUUACGGAAUUGGCUUGAACGUAAAAACUGGCGAGAUAUUCCCAGCAACGUUUCCUGACAAAGGACCUGAUCAGGCUCUCAGAAGUGCUAGACAAUUAACGGGAGGACAACAGGUUCUAGAUGUUUAUGACUGCAAUAUCGGUCUCCUUAGAAUUGGACCUUUCAAUUACGAUCCUCUUCGAGGAGUGGAUCUUUGGCUGGCUCAAUCAGACCAAUUCAUUUUACAACACUUGUCUACUGCUCCAGAUGUAGAACUACCACACUUUGUGUCACAGGUUCGAGCGACACUGAAGUACAUUCAGGACAAUCAAUUCCCAGCAGUCACAGUCUUUAGAGACAAUAGGCCCCAUUAUUACCGACGAGACGAAGCCACCGGUGUGUGGCAGCCAAUGAGAUAUUAAACUCGACGUUGUCAUCCAUGGAUUACUACUAUUCUUUCCCUUUCAUGACUACACGUUUUUUUACGAAUUACCAAUCAAACUUUUCGUUAACCUCGAUACCAGUCGAAACUUUCAAUGCUCUUUGUAUCCUUCCCUACUGGAAAUCUCCACACAAGACUCUGUACAAUAAGAAUACAAACGAAAAUCCAUGUGGAUUAUUGUAUAAAAUCUGAUGAGAAAAUUGGGACACGAAACGGGAUAGAAACCUACAUGGUACCCUAUGUCGGAUAAUCACAUAAGAAGUGCUCAAAAGUUUCCUUUAACAGCUGCUUCGCAAUAAUUUUUUGGCGCUUUAAAAUUGCCUAUAAGGGUAAUGUUUUUUAAACAUAUUGCAUUAAAAAAAUUAAAAUGCUAUGUGGGAUUUUAUGCAGGAACAUUAUAUUAAUUUAAUUGUUUUAAAAUUGGGUAAAUUUCUAUUUUUUUCAAACUCUGAUUAAAAGCAUAAGAGAGAUACAGAUUAUUUUAUACGAAAAAUAUAUUAAACCAGCACAAAUACAGGAAAAAAAUUACUUUUCCUUGUUCUCCACUUACAAGUGUCAAAGCUUGAGAAGGAUUUUCAAAACCAAGGUUAUUGAAUAAAAAAUUUUGAAUGUUGCU